AUGGCUUCGCGGAAGACGCAGCAAGAAAUCGACAAGACGUUCAAAAAGGUGGACGAAGGCAUCCAAGCGUUCGAAGGCAUCUACGAGAAGAUCUAUUCAUCGCAAAAUGCCGCCCAGAAGGAAAAACUGGAAGAUAACUUGAAGAAAGAGAUCAAGAAGCUGCAGAGAUCGCGCGAUCAGAUAAAGACUUGGGCCGCAGGCAAUGAGAUCAAGGACAAAUCUGCACUCUUGGAACAGCGAAAGCGGAUUGAGAAAUGUAUGGAAAUCUUCAAAGCCGUCGAAAAGGAGAUGAAGACCAAAGCAUUCUCCAAGGAAGGCCUAUCGCAGAACAUCAAACAAGACCCAAAAGAGAAAGAGCGUGACGAAUUAUGUGACUUCCUAACAGAUCAGCUGGACGAGAUCACGAGAAUUUUGAUCGAAGAACUGGAACCAGAAGCAGGCUCGCUACAGGCUGCAUUGAGGAAGAAACAAAAGGACAACAGCAAGGCGGAUCGGUUAGCGGAGAUUGAGAACUCUACCGAGACCUACAAAUGGCACGAAUCCAGACUCCAACUCCUCCUUCGGUCUCUACAGAACGGCAAUGUGGAGAAUGAAAUGGUGUCUUCAAUCAAAUCCGAGAUCGAAGAAGUGGUGAGGGAUGGGCGUGAGCCGGAUUUUGAAGCAGACGCCUAUGAAGGCAUUUACGAUGAUUGCAAUCUUGACAGCGAGGAGGCGCAGUUUGGCCUGAACAAUGAAAUGGAUCGUAUUUCAUCUCAAGAUACGCAGUCGAUACAAGAGGACAACGAGCCUGACGGUCCCAUCGUCCUGAAAAAGACAAAGUCUGAACAUCCGCCAGCACGAAGACCUUCAACACAACUCAAAUCCCCCUUGCCCGCGUUGGCAACUCUGAAUCCCAUGCCUCCACCACCGUCAAUACCCAAGGAUACAACGAUGAAGCCGGCACCAAUACCGAAUCGACUACCGGGCGAGACUCUGAAGUAUGCCUCUGCUGCUGCCGCUGCCGCUGCCAGUGACAAAAGCGGAGUUGGUAUUGCACCUCUACCGCCUCCUGUUGGAGUGGCGGCUGCUGCGCCUUCUCAUGGAUUACCAGCACCAGUCAAGUCAUCUGCCGCUGCUUCUCCCGCUUCUAAUCCAGCGCAACCCGCUGAUCAGACAGCCUCACCCGGGCCACCUCCUUCGCUUGGUAUGGACGGUCCAGGAUCUCAAGAACAAACCAACCACUCUAAAUCUCCCACGCUAAGUUCUGGCAGUGCCCCCGCUGCAAGUGUGCCUAACAGUAUUCCAGCGACCCCAGCCAUGGAGAACUCGGAGGCAGUCCAGGAACCAGUGAUUGCAGACGAGCUACCAACCACGAAUGGAGAAGCUCGUGACGAACAUUCAGCGGUGGAAUCAGUAUACCACCUUCCUCCAGGACUGCAAGAUCUUCUAGACUCGUUCGAAACUACCAAGAGCCGAGCUACACAGCCACCUUCACAGCUGGCACGAUUGCUUCAGGCUUCUCAAGAAACGUGCCCGGAACCAUCCGAUGGAGACCGACCUCAACACUAUCGACCCUCGUACAAGUACAAUACGCCAGCUCACUAUCCCCAAGAUGUACUGCCGAUAUUCGAUGAUCCAGCCUUGUACGACACUCAGAGGCUCGAGACAGACACCUUGUUCUACAUAUUCUAUUACCGCCAAAACACGUAUCAACAGUGGCUAGCAGCAAGAGCACUCAAGCAACAGAGCUGGCGAUUCCACAAGCAGUACCAAACGUGGUUCCAGCGGCAUGAGGAGCCCAAGCAGAUCACGGAGGAGUAUGAGCAAGGAACCUAUCGGUUCUUUGACUAUGAAAGUACAUGGAUGAAUCGUCGGAAAGCCGACUUUAAGUUUGUAUACAAAUUUCUCGAAGAUGAUUUGUAG